UACAACACUAACCACCUCACUCGCUACGCAUUUAACAAACAAAAAACUCGAAUCUCAAUCUCAGACGGAAGCGAACAGAACUUUUCAAGCGCCCAGCCACAAUGGCCAUUGCCGAGCAUGACAACGUCUUCAUCUUUGUGCCAAAUUUGAUUGGCUAUGCACGCAUCAUUUUGGCCUUGAUUGCGUUCUGGUUCAUGUCCACGAACUAUGUGAUCUCCGGCUGGUGUUAUGUAACCAGCGCCCUUCUGGAUGCCGUCGAUGGACACGCCGCCCGGGCCUUCAAUCAAAGCACACGCUUUGGGGCCAUGCUGGACCAGCUCACUGAUAGAUGCGGCACCACGGGCCUGCUGGUUACCCUGGCCUACUUCUAUCCACGCUACAUGUUCUGGUUCCAGCUAUCCAUUGCCAUCGAUGUCGCCUGCCACUGGCUCUUUAUGCAAACGAGCGUUGUGGUUGGACGCGCAUCGCACAAGGUCAAUGAGAACUUUGUGAUGCGUUUGUACUAUCAAAAGGAUAUUUUGACCUUUAUGUGCUGCGUCAAUGAGCUGUUCUAUGUGUGCUUGUACCUCUUGCAUUUCACCUACGGUCCCCUCAUAUUCGGCGCGUCGCUCUUCAAAAUACUGGCCUUCCUCACCGGCCCCUUUGCCGUGCUGAAGGCCUUGAUCUCCGUAAUGCACGCCUAUGUGGCUGGCAUUGAUUUGGCCGCGGUGGAUGUACGUGAGCGGCAGGAGAAGCGCCAGAAGCCCAACGAGCCAGUGCCAGUGGCUGGCAAGAAGUUGGAGUAGGGCGGCAACUAGUCAAAAUCCAUUGAAAACGAACAGCUUUCCAACUAACUAAAGUACUAAAGCAAACUAACUCUUGAUUCCAGCAAAAACAAAACAAAACAAAACAAAAAACAAGAAAGAACAGAUGCAAUGCGAUACGAGAAGUGAAGUGAAGAGCAGAGAAGGCUAGAAACAGAAACAGAAGAAA